AUGCUUGGCAUACGGUGGGCAACGGGCCUGCGGAGCACCCUCGCCCUCGUCCGCGCCGGCGCCGUGUCUUGCCCCUCGGCUGCCCGACGACGCGCAAGCACGGCAGCUGUUGGCGGACAGAGCGCGGGCUCGCGCGACGAGAUGGCCCGGGUUGCCCGCGAGCUGGAGGCGCAUCCGGAGCUCAUGUCGACGCUGGUUGCCUCGUUGUCACCGGCCGUGCUCUCGCGCCUGACUAAGGCGCUCUACUCGGAGCUCAACGCCGGCGCGGCGCCCGAGGCUCUCUCGCAGGCUGUCCGCGAGUUCAACAAGGCCGACGUCAACGCGUCGGCCUCGAUCAGCCGCGACGAGUUCCUAGUCUGGUGGGAGGCGCGCGGCAAGUUUCUCCCACGCGACGGCAUGGGAUCCAAGCCGGCGGCUGGCGGCGCAGCCUCGCGCGACGCCUCGGUCCCACCGCCCACCCGCCAGCAGCUCAUCCAGCAUGCGCUUCGCUCUUCCAUUCCGUUUGUCGGCUUUGGCAUUGUCGACAACUCACUGAUGAUCACGCUGGGCGAAGUUGUUGACCUCACCAUCGGCCAGUCGCUCGGCAUCUCCACCCUCGCCUCGGCUGCCCUCGGCAACAUGGUUGCCGAUGUCUCGGGCAUCGCCUCAGGCGGCUUCAUCGAGUCGGUCGCCUACUCGAUGGGCCUCAAGGACCCGCACCUCUCGGUUGCCCAGCUCCGCCUCCGCGUCACCCGCACCACACAAAUGCUAGCAUCCAUGGUCGGCAUCGUCAUCGGAUGCGCCAUCGGUAUGUUCCCGCUGCUUUUCAUCGACGCCGACCACCACCACGACAAGGACCACGAGGCGCCGCCCGAGCCGCCCGUCGUCGUCACAGCAGAAUGA